AUGGAUAUCGGUGAAAAUGUAGAUUUUAUUAAGCUCAUUAAUAUAAAAGGUAACGUGGAUAACAUUACCCCACAUAAAAUAGCAGUUGUCGCUUUUAUAAGAGAGUAUGGAUUGUUAAAAAUUGAAGCAAAGGAGAUGUCUGAACGCACUAUAGCUCCAAAAUACAGAAAGGACUUUUGUAUACUCGCUUUAAAAUUAAUUCAGUGCCCUGAUAUGGAUUUUAAAGAGUUGGAAGCUCUACUUACUGAUGGAAGAUAUAAUUUGUUAAGUGUUCACUUACAGAACUUUUGUGUUAGAUUACAGAAUAUUUAUAUUAAUGGGAUAAAUGCUCUGAUGGACUGUGUAACAUCAAGUGUAGACAAGUUAAUGAUAGAGCAGUCAGAAGUUAAUCCUUGUGUUAUUCAUAGAUGCAGUGUUUUAGGUUUUUAUCUACGAAGAAUAAUGUUGUAUUCACAUAGACUAACUUUUGUGCAACUUGCUGCACUGUAUAAAUCCUUUUGUCAAUACUAUCAAAAAGGUAGACCAGGGCUUAUGAUAAGAUCUUUAAGCAAAGAGAAAUUAAAUAAUACUGAAUCACUAAAUGUGACAGCAUCCGCCUCAUUUUCUGUUGAUGAAUCUAAGCCGCAUGAUAUUUUUUCCAAAAUUAAUAUAGAAAAAGAUUUCAAUUUUGAAGAGUGCCAAUGGUCCCGUAAGCAAGCAGAUCUGUUUACUGCACAGCAAGCCAAUUUGUUACAAAUAAAUCCAAAGAUGGCACUACCACCAAAACAACUUCAAAAAAUGACAAUGCAAAUUAUUAAUGAUAUUCCAGAGUAUCCUGAUGUGCAUUUCCUCAGUUUCCUGAAUUGCUUGAGGAUGAAGGAAUUCUGCGGAGCGCAAGAAUCAUUAUACAACUGCUUUGAUCAUUCUUUGUUCAGUAGUAAUGUUAAUUUGGAUAAAAACAAAAUAUUUCGAUAUGCUGCUCUCAAUCGGGCAGCAAUGCAUACCCAGUUUGGGCAUAAACCUCUCGCAAUGGAAUGUGCGCGUGAGGCAUUAGCCAAAGCACAAGAAUCAGGUGACAGUGUAUGCAUGGCGAAUGCUGGCGCUUGGGGUGCUGUAGCGGGCGGUCGGGCCCGUCGUGCGGCGCUGCUCACGCGCAUGCCGCGUGCCCCACGACCAGCUGCGGCUGCCGCUCAACUCAUGGCAUUGCAUGCUGCGCUUAACUCUGCAAAACCAUCCGAAGUUUUCCAAAUUAUCAAUAGGGGCGAUUCUAUAAAUUACAUGCAUUCAUUGAUAGACUUGACCAUGGCUGGUUUGGCUCAUACUGCUGCAUUAUGGGGUCUAUAUGGCAAGACUGAGAUGGCUUCCAUAAACUGCCAGCUGCUUCUGAAUUUAAAUACAAAAUGCAAGAUAGGCAUGGGCAGCGCAUGGCAGUGGGGCGACUCAAGUACGACGGCCGGAGCGGGUACAGUGAGCGUAGCUGCUUGGCGGGGGAACUCGGCUAUCGCGGCCGCCCUGGCGUCGCACUUCCAAACUCCAAGAGCUCGCGGUCUCUCAUUGCGAUAUCAUGCUACAUUCGCUCUUAGAGCAGGUAAAUGGGAAGAAGCAGAGCAGAGUAUUCGAGAACUGGCAUCUUUCGAUAGAUGGGAGAGCCAGUUGCUUAGAGCGGAAAUGUUCUUCCUAAAGGGGGACCCGACGGACGCCCUAGACACAUUACACGAUAUUUUGGAUCAUUGCAAAACAGAAGAUGACAGUCUUCAUUACAUUUCACUUCGUUUGAAAGCAAUGAUUAUGGAAGCCGAAGUGCAGCAUGCCUUUAGCAGAAUUCAAUCUACCAAUAUAAUGUUGUUAAACGAAGCACUGACUCUAGCGACGACGUAUCAUAUGCAUUACCUUGCGGCUACAGUAGAAAUGCAUAUUGCCAAUUUACAAUUGCAUAUGGGGUGUUCCAAGAAUGCACUAACUUUAGUGAGAAAAGUGUUGCCUACAAUUAUGGAAAAUGGGAGUGCGUACGAUAUAGCCAGAGGAAUGCUACUUUAUACAAAAUGUCGAAUAGCUACAGCUUCUCCUGUAGGCGAUGCGCGCCAACAGGUCUUACAAUCUUGCUGUGAAGCUUUGGACGUAGUGAAAGAACAUUUUUCUAAAGUUGGCGCAGUUAGUCGUCUGUUACAUACUUGGUAUUUACAGGCUAGGCUCUAUCACGACAUUGGUAAUAUUGCAGCGCGAAAUCAAUGCGCGUGGAUGUUCAGACAACUAGAAUCUCAAAUACCUUUAGAAAACAUACAGAUGACUCACAUAGUAUACUAG